GACGGCCAUGACCACGCUGACGCCCAGGCUGCGAGCCCCUCGCCCGGGCCGCCCGCCCACCCGUCACGCCCAGGUAGCACCUCGGGGUCGCCGCACCCGCGACACCGGCCGCAGCCCCGGGCCCCCUCGCAGGCGUGGCCCCCGCGCCCAGGCCCCGCCCCCGCCCCCGCCCCCUCAUUGGUCAGUCCCGGGGUGGGGGCGGGCGACGCGGACCGCUGGGCAGGGCAGGGCAGGGACUCGCGGGAAUCGCACCGCGCGGGUGGCUGCCGGAGCUCGCCCAUCGCCCCUGCGCUGCUUGGACCGCGGCCACAGCCGGACUGGCGGGUACGGCGGCGACAGACGGAUUGGCCGAGAGUCCCAGUCCGCAGAGUAGCCCCGGCCUCGAGGCGGUGGCGUCCGCGUCCUCUCGUCCAGGAGCCAGGACAGGUGCCGCGCGGCGGGCGCUCCAGGGACCGCGCUGAGGCCGCGGUCGCCGCCCGCCCCGCCCCGCCGCCCGCCGCCCGCCGAGCCCAGCCUCCUUGCCGUCGGGGCGUCCCCAGGCCCUGGGUCGGCCGCGGAGCCGAUGCGCGCCCGCUGAGCGCCCCAGCUGAGCGCCCCCGGCCCGCCAUGACCGCGCUUCCCGGCCCGCUCUGGCUCCUGGGCCUGGCGCUAUGCGCGCUGGGCGGGGGCGGCCCCGGCCUGCGACCCCCGCCCGGCUGUCCCCAGCGACGUCUGGGCGCGCGCGAGCGCCGGGACGUGCAGCGCGAGAUCCUGGCGGUGCUCGGGCUGCCUGGGCGGCCUCGGCCCCGCGCGCCACCCGCCGCCUCCCGGCUGCCCGCGUCCGCGCCGCUCUUCAUGCUGGACCUGUACCACGCCAUGGCCGGCGACGACGACGAGGACGGCGCGCCCGCGGAGCGGCGCCUGGGCCGCGCCGACCUGGUCAUGAGCUUCGUUAACAUGGUGGAGCGAGACCGUGCCCUGGGCCACCAGGAGCCCCAUUGGAAGGAGUUCCGCUUUGACCUGACCCAGAUCCCGGCUGGGGAGGUGGUCACAGCUGCGGAGUUCCGGAUUUACAAGGUGCCCAGCAUCCACCUGCUCAACAGGACCCUCCACGUCAGCAUGUUCCAGGUGGUCCAGGAGCAGUCCAACAGGGAGUCUGACUUGUUCUUUUUGGAUCUUCAGACGCUCCGAGAUGGAGACGAGGGCUGGCUGGUGCUGGAUGUCACAGCAGCCAGUGACUGCUGGUUGCUGAAGCAUCACAAGGACCUGGGACUCCGCCUCUAUGUGGAGACUGAGGAUGGGCACAGCGUGGAUCCUGGCCUGGCCGGCCUGCUGGGUCAACGGGCCCCGCGCUCCCAACAGCCUUUCGUGGUCACUUUCUUCAGGGCCAGUCCGAGUCCCAUCCGCACCCCUCGGGCAGUGAGGCCACUGAGGAGGAGGCAGCCGAAGAAAACCAACGAGCUGCCGCAGGCCAACCGACUCCCAGGGAUCUUUGAUGACGUCCACGGCUCCCACGGCCGGCAGGUCUGCCGUCGGCACGAGCUCUACGUCAGCUUCCAGGACCUCGGCUGGCUGGACUGGGUCAUCGCUCCCCAAGGCUACUCGGCCUAUUACUGUGAGGGGGAGUGCUCCUUCCCACUGGACUCCUGCAUGAACGCUACCAACCACGCCAUCCUGCAGUCCCUGGUGCACCUGAUGAUGCCAGACGCAGUCCCCAAGGUGUGCUGUGCACCCACCAAGCUGAGCGCCACCUCUGUGCUCUACUAUGACAGCAGCAACAAUGUCAUCCUGCGCAAGCACCGCAACAUGGUGGUCAAGGCCUGCGGCUGCCACUGAGUCCACCCGCCCGGCCCAGCCGCAGCCACCCUUCUCAUCUGGAUCGGGCCCCUCAGAAGCAGGAAACCCUCAAACCCAGCCAGACCCCAGGCCGGGGCAUUGCCAGGGAGGACCCUCACAACCAUGUACAUGACCCUUUCUCCUUCAUGCCAGGCUCCUAUGCUCCCCUUGCCCUGCUAGGCAUUUGUGUGACUGUCCUGUUUCCAGCCCAGGUGGUCUCAAUCAUCAGGCAGUGUUCUACCCAAAUGCAAAUGCCUCUCCCGGCGGCAUGUCCUGGCUGGUUCUUUGGGGUUGGCACAGAAGUCCUGUCUGAGGUCCUAUCCAUGCCCCUUACUGGCUCAGGUCGUGAGAUAGAUGUGGAAUGACCUGAGAGGCACCUGGAGCCCACUGUUGGCCACCUUGAGCUCUUCACCAUCCAUCACAGGGUGUGGUGUGUGUAGUCAGGGUCUGGUUGGCUCCCCAUUGCCUGCCCGAGGUGCAAGGUGGGGUAUAAAACUGGAUACCCCCUAAAGUAUUGUAUAUUCAUGGAUCUGAAGCACUGAUCCACUGGUCACAGGUAGACAUGUGGAGUCAACUCAAGAAAAAGCUGAGUGAACAGCAUGAUUUAGGGCUAAAGCCAAUAGCAUUUAUCUUCCCUUGUCUUCCUGCUUUGCAUUUGCCUCUGCCAUCUAGGAAAGACAUGUAAGUGCAUGGACAUUUUACUUUGGAGAAACAGAAAAAUCUUGGGGCUUCCAAUUGACCCAUCUAUCUGCCACCAUGUUGCCCCACCAGGAGCUCAGCUCUGUGGAGUUUUCCCUUUGCUGAGCAAGCAUGUGGUUGCAUUGGGUGGCCCAGGAUGACAAUGCACAGCACAGAUGCCAUCAUUUCCCUUUCCCCUCUGAAUGGCAGACAUCAGUAAUCAAUCUGGAAUGUUUUUCUUCCAAAUCUGAGUGGAAUUUUCAAAUGAUCAGCACAGCCACUGCCAACAGAUAUGAUGUAAAGUGAAACCUGGUUGCCAUCUUCUGCCAUGCUGAGGAGCAGUCCAUCCCUGCCCGAGCAUGUAUCGGCAACAUGGGCAGCCUGUGACCGGGUCUGGGGCGAGGCCAGGGGCCAUCAAAAACAGGCUGAUCACCAAAGUCAGUGUCACCCUGGGUGCCCAGCAGCCCUGUCCUGUGUCUUGGGCCUGUGAGUCAAAGAAAAGGUCCUUUUCAGGGAAUGACAAGUAGUAAUUAGGCUGAGUUGGGUGGAGAGGUUUGUCUCAGCCUCUGCUGUUCUCGGAAACUGCUGUUCUCCUUGGAGCAGCCACUGGGAGUUGGAGUGUUUACUUGAUUUCUGACUUGCUAAGCCUGUAAUUUACCUGCUGGAAUAGACAGAGUCCAGCUGCCCAAACUGUGUCAUUAAAAGCAGAUCCUGCGCCCGCCCCAUCCACAGGCACAGCCCAGCAGAGUGGUUCCACCUCCCCAUGGGCCCAAGGAUGCGCCUCUCUGGAGUUCACGUGCUGCACCCCCAGGGAGGGGCCUGGGGAGAGCUGGUCCAGCAGCAGGGGUGGAGGCUGGGGCCACACUGCGGGACAGCAGCCCCUCCACCUGGACCAGGGAGGGCCUCCAUGUGCAAGCGCAGAGGAAGAGACCCUCCCAUGUACGCAAAGGGCAGCCCCAGGCUGUCUGGAAGUUGGAGAGUUCCCUAUCAGCACAGGGAUCUCAGCUCUGGCCUGGAGGUGAAGAGACCUGCCUUGUAGGUGGCUUCCUUAUCUGGGCCUCCAUUUUCUAUCUGCACUUUUUGAUCUCCAAACAACCUUCAGCCAAAGAAUCUGUCUACCAACUCCUCAUAGUGAGCCAGAAGCAGCCUCAUAACCCUGAAUGUGGGGCUCUGGUGGCUGUCACGAAGCAGAGUUGGCACAUAACAUGGAACCUGGCCAGGCAUGGUGGCUCACACCUGUAACCCCAGCACUUUGGGAGGCCAAGGCAGGCAGAUCACCUGAAGUCAGGAGUUCAAGACCAUCCUGGCCAACACAGUGAAACCCCGUCUGUACUAAAAAUACAAGAUUACCUGGGCAUGGUGGUGCAUGCCUAUAAUCCCAGCUACUCAGGAGGCUGAGGCAGAAUUGCUUGAACCUGGGAGGUGGAGGUUGCAGUGAGCAGAGAUCACAACAUUGCACUUCAGCCUGGUGACAUGAGCAAAACUGUUGUCUCAACAAAAUGAAAUUAUGGAACCUGUUUGCCAUCCUAGUAUUUACUUAAUUGUUCCUUCUUAACAUCAAAGAUGGUCUUCUAGGCAAUUGUAAAUUUUAAAUUAGCCAGUUAUUUUGACAAUUAAUUUUUUACUCCACCUGUAUCUUUAGUGCCCAGCCAAUGAUCUGGCAUAGUUAGGGGUGCACCAAGAAUGUCUGUAAACUACCUGAAGGUUUGUAGAUAUGGAGUACACCUUACCCAUUAAUCAAGCUGUGCAUAGCAGGAACCAAUACGAGCCGUGAUCCUCCUGGUUCAUAGAGAACAAUGGAAAAACAUAAGGCUUUGUCUACCUAGUUGGCCAUCAGACUUUCAGCAACUUUUAUCAUCCAGAUAGUCACCAAAUGAAAUAAAAUAGAAAAAUCCCUUGAGCAAUGAAACAAUUGUGAAUGAACACAAAGUCCAUGAAUUUAAUCCUUAUCUGUUUGCUGAGCCAAGCAUGUGCAUCUGCAGCGGGUGGCCCAGGCUGGCAGCACAGAUACCACCAUUUCCCUUUUCUUUGCUUAGGGCAUGGCCUGUUUAUCUCGUUGCACCAGAUGAGGGUUGGAAGGAUGAUGGUGGUGGUUGUUUCAGAUCUACUGACAGCAAUGAGAAAUCAAUGACAGUUGACAGGAAGAGAGGACGCAUACAACAGGCAAAAGAGGAAUGCCCAGCAGUCUUGGUCCUUGCGGUGCAAUACUGGCCUUGAGGCCAAGUCAGCAGGGGAUUCGUAGUCACUAACUUCUAACUGAGGCAGGGAAGUAACAUGUUCUGGAAAAGGUCCAAAGAAACAGGAAUAGAGGCAGUGUAGCAAGAGGCAGAUUUUUGGUGCCAAAUAGAUUUGAAUCCUGGUUCUGCUUCUUCCUUUGUAGAGUAUGAUAUUGGUUCUUUCCUCCCAAAGCUAUUAUAAAGACUAAAUAUGUACACAAAUCUUUGGGAUGUCUGACAUAUAAAUGCUUAACAAUAGGUACUUGCUGGUAUUAUUACAAAUGAAUUUGCUUAUUUUUGAGCCACUUCUAUGUCUGUCCAUUAAACCAAAAUGUGUUCCGCA